GUAGCGCGGAGCGGGACCCGCGGGCAGCGCACCACCGCCAUGGGGCGGUACUCGGGGAAGACGUGCCGCCUCAUCUUCAUGCUGGUGCUCACUGUCGGCUUCUUCGUGGCCGAGCUGGUGUCCGGCUACCUGGGCAACUCCAUCGCGCUGGUGUCCGACUCCUUCAACAUGCUCUCGGACCUCAUUUCCCUCUGCGUGGGGCUCUCCACGGGGCGCAUCGCCCGUCGCAGCCGCCGCGGGCCCCGCGCCACCUACGGCUACAGCCGCGCCGAGGCGGUGGGAGCCCUCAGCAACGCCGUCUUCCUCACCGCCCUCUGCUUCACCAUCCUCGUGGACUCCGUCCUGCGCCUCGCCCGGCCCGAGCCCAUCGACGACGCCCAGCUGGUGCUUAUCGUCGGCACCCUCGGCCUCGCCGUCAACGUCGUGGGGCUCCUCGUCUUUCAGGACUGGGGCGCCUGCUGCCGCCGCCGCCCGCCCGACCCGCAGUCCGCCCCCGCCGCGCUCCGGGAUGUGCCCGGGGGCACGCCCGAAGGGGAGGCGGCUGAAGCAGGUGAUUCACCAAAUGACCAAAAAAGCCCUGAAGAGGGGUCUGAGAAGAAAAAAGAGAAAAAGUCUGAAGCCUUAAACAUCAGAGGUGUUCUUUUGCAUGUUAUGGGAGAUGCACUUGGAUCUGUGGUCGUGGUAGUUACUGCUACUAUCUUCUAUGUACGUCCUCUGGGGGAUGCUGCGUGUAAUUGGCAGUGCUACAUUGAUCCAAGCUUGACAAUAAUUAUGGUGAUCAUCAUCUUGUCUUCUGCAUUCCCACUUAUCAAGGAGACCUCAACUAUUUUGUUGCAGAUGGUCCCCAAAGGUGUUAAUAUACAAGUACUGACUGACAGACUAGCUCGUGUACCAGGGGUUAGCAGCCUUCAUGAGGUACAUGUCUGGGAGCUUGCAAGUGGGAAGAAUAUUGCCACUCUUCACGUCAAGUGCCAAACCCCUGCUGAUUACCAAGACGCUGCUUACAAAAUACGGGAGAUUUUCCAUGAAGCAGGGGUCCAUUCUGUGACCAUCCAGCCAGAGUAUGUUGACCACAAGACCUCCCAGCUACUGUGCAGCUCGCCUUGCAUCUCAAAAGCUUGUGACCCUCAGCUGUGCUGCAGUCAGAGGGAACUCCCCCGGCCUAAAACUAAUGGCUACGCAGAGAAAAACAACAGUUACAUUUCUGCAGGGCACAAAGACAAUGGUUCAAGUAAAAGUGACAUUGAAAUCCCAAUCGAAGGCCCAGCAGCGGAGGACAGCCUGAAAAAUUGUGACAUUUCUGAUGACAAAUCACAGGCGAGCAGUACACGGUUUUAGGCAGCUCCCUCUAGUCUGCAUCAUGUUUUCACAGAACAAACGUAUCCUGCCUGUGAAUGGGGUCAUUGGUGGUUGUAGCUGAAGUUGGUGUGGCAAAAAGAUUUCUGUGCUUUAGCUGUAAACCAAAAUGCACCUAAAAGCCCCUUGUAUCUGAAAUAAGGAUUAAGAUUUCCACCAAGGCUGUUGCAUUCAUCUAAGAUUUUUCUGAUACAGCCUUACCCAGUUCGCCAUCAAAGUAAGGGUGAAUUCCUGUUCUUAGAGUGGAUGGGGUGUAUUGCUCGCUGCCUGCACUGAUGUUUGCAGUUCAUGGCCAGUGGCACUGGGAAUGAAACUCUGGCCUUUCCUGCUGAAGUGAGCUGUUUCUUGAAAGCCCUGUGGCCAGUUAAUGAUUGUAUUGGGCUGAAGUACUGUAUAUUUAUGAAGGACUUCAGUAAAGAUGCUUUGCUGGUCCUUAAAUCCCAUUUUUUCAUGUUUUACAGUAACACUUGUGCUCCUGGCCAGGGGAGUUUGUGAAUGAAAUUAAGAGUGUCUAAGGGAAAGCACUCAGGAAUUUUGACUUGCAUUGUUUUCUUGAUUGACUCCUGUAUUUAGGGACAGAGCAGAAGCUGGUCUUGCUUCUCUAAUAGUAAUACUGGAGUCCCAGCCUAAUUACGGAUGAGUGUGCUUAGGAAUAGACUGCUUGUCAUGAAAGCAAAUAAAUACCUACUGAUGUUGUCUGCACUGAUUCUAGCAAAUGGAAAUAUAGGCAGUCAUCCAAUUAACUUUUAUCUUGUUCACCAUUAUGAUUGUACAACUCAGUCUUUUUAAAUAUUUUUUCCUUCUGACAACAGAAGUUCUAAGAGCCAUGGUCUUAUUUUAUCAUUGUGUGGGAUGAUUGCAUUAUCUUUAACACUGAGUGUCUGUCAUUAUUCAUGCUGAAUAAAUAAGCUAAUGUGUUUAUUAUAAACAGUUAAAAUUCUGCAAUUCUAUUAUUAAGACAUAAUUUAUUAAUUAAGACAUAAUUGUAUUAAUUAAGGAAGUACCUUUAAGUCUUGUAUGCAGUAUUAUCACUUAGAGGGAGCUUUAAAAAAAAAUUAAACCAGGGAAUUUUUUCUAGUUUAGUCUUAAUUAUUUCUUGUUGUCUGCCUUUAAAGGUCUGAGCCCUCCCCUCUGCCCUGUCCUUCCUCCCCCUGCCCCAAGGUGUAUCUCAAAGUGAAUUUAGUGAAGCAGUUCAUUAUCUUUUUGCUGCUUGUUCUUUUCUGAAGGCAUGUGGGGGUCCUCUAAGGAAAACAAAGUGACAUGCUCUGUCACCAGCGUUGGGUUUAGGUCAGGUGUGCUUUCCAUGUUUCUGGGAGAGGAGAUCCACUACCUAAUCCACACUGAGUGUAGUGCUCAGCCUCCCUGGCCAUUCAGGUUGGAUCUAGAAGCUUUCGAAUACACUUUGCUUCAAAAGCAGCCUUUCAAUGGUCCAUGUGGCCUGGACAGGCUAUUUUAUCCAUUUAUUCAUGGGGACACCUUUAUAAAACAGUGCUGUCUUUACCUCAGUGACACCUUAACAGAAAGAGUAAAUUGAUUUCAUACCUGGGCUGGGACAAUACCGGGACCUCCCUGUAAGGCUGGUUUAAAAGCAGCCAACUCCACUUUAAUAAAGAUGAUUGCAUUAAUUCAGUGAAUAUUAAAACACACAGCAGGAUAUUUUGCUGCUUGGAAAAUAGUAUUUACUGAAGCAGUGAUUGCAGUCUAAACAGCACAUUUCUAGAUUUGUAGUUACCCGUCCCUUUUGAACAGAUUCUUGGGUGAAUUAAUAUGUUUCAUAGCCUUUUAUUAUAGAUUUUUAUUAUAUAAAUUAACAUUUGUUAAUAUAAUUAAAAGCUUGAUCCUCUGGCCUGUUUGCUUCCAUUGGCAGCAGCAGGAUCCUACUUGGCAGUUAUUGCACGAAUUAAUGUAAAUCAGGAAACAGUGUAAGAAUUGCUCUGUCUUUUAAAAGUGUGUGGCAUAAAGUAAGACAACCCUUU